AUGGCCGCGAGUGAAGUUUGUUUGUUCGGAUCCGCAGACCGUAAGCGCACGGCGAAGCGGGAUCUUCCUGAGGUGAAACGGGAGGAGAGAGAGGGGUGUAACGUUUCAUAAAUACCCCCAGUACGCAUCCCAAACUCAAAAAAAAACGGGAGGACCGAUCCCUUUUGUUUGCGGCGAGUGUUCACGUUAACAGCUGCGAGGGCUUUUGUCCGGCUUGAGGCCUGGGCGCCAUCUUUCGUGACGGCGUGAGACGGUGCGCACGCGCAGCCAAGAGCAGCUGUGCCGGCUGGUUUCGAGCGCGCAGGCGCAGUUCCGGUGUUGCCGGCGCCUUUCCAAUUGCGCAUGCCUGGCCCGCCCUCAGCGCCGUGGAAGAUGGCUGUGGUGUUGUUGGAGUUCGCAGCGUACUGUAUGAGAACGGGAGAGAAUUCGGCAGGGAAAAACCGAAAACAAACAUCCGAGGGAGCUGCUCGAACCCGAAUAUCAUCGGAUUUUCAACAUGGAAGGAGAAAGUGCCGUUUGCGGUGGAGAGAAACUGUACACUUGCCCCACGUGUGGACAAGGCUUCAGCCAGUCCUCAGGUCUGUCUAAACACAAGCGCAGGCACACCGGGGAGAAAUCCUGGAAAUGCGGGGACUGUGGGAAGGGAUUCAAUUACCCAUUCGAGCUGGAAAUUCACCAGCGCAGUCACACCGGCGAGAGGCCAUUUGCCUGCUCCGAGUGCGGGAUGGGAUUCUUUACCUCGUCCAACCUGCUGAAACACCAGCGAAUCCACACCGGGGCCAGGCCGUUCACCUGCUCUGAGUGCAGGAAGGGGUUCUCUACCUCAUCCCACCUCCUGAAACACCAGCGAACCCACACUGGGGAGAGACCAUACGCCUGCUCCAAAUGCGGGAAGGGAUUCACUCAGUCAUCUACCCUGCUCACUCACCAGCGCGUCCAUACCGGGGAGAGACCGUUUAAAUGCCCAGACUGUGGGAAACAUUACAAAAGCUCCUGGGAACUGACGUCUCACCGACGCGUGCACCCUGAUGAGAGACUGUUCACCUGCUGUCACUGUGGGACUGGGUUCAGGCGGUCCUCCGAACUGACUGUCCACCAGCGUAUUCACACCGGGGAGAGGCCUUUCACCUGCACUGAGUGUGGGAAGGGGUUCACCCGUUCCUCCCACCUACUAACACACCAGCAAGUUCACAAGUGACUGCAGUGGCUCUUCUGUUAAUCACAUUGGGUCUGUUUAUGUUUCAGCCCAGUUAUAGAAAUUGAUAUUCUGGAUAAAUGUCAAAUAGAUGAGCUCUGUGAGCAAAUGGAGUGCGUUGAGUUUAAUAUCUCUUAAAACAGAUUAGUUUCCCAGAUGAAGUUACUUCCAAAUGGCUCUCUUUCCUGACUGUUACAUCCCAACAACAUGAAAGAAUCUCUCACAGCGAUUCCAUGGCACUAUGAUCUGAUGUCUCAACUGCUUCUCUCCCACUCACCCACUGGACGAAAAUAUCUCUAAACAUGCCCCUUUGAUUGAUCUGUGAUCGCUCAUCUUUCUCUAGUGGUUCCUUGUCCCUGUAACGCCCCUGUCGGGGGAUGGCCCAUUGGGUAUUAUCGCUGGGCUGUUAAUCCAGAGGCCCUGGUGAUGUUCUGGGAACCUGGAUUCAAACUUUGUCACUGCAGAUGGUGGAAUUUGAAUUCAAUAAAAAUCUGGAACGAAAAGUCUUAGGACCACAAAAUCAUUUAUCGAUUGUUGGAAAAACCCAUCUGGUUCACUCCUGCCCUUUAGGGAAGGAAACUGCCAUCCUUACCUGGUCUGGCCUACAUGUAACUGCAGGCCCACAGCAAUGUGCAAUGUGGCUGACUCUUAACCACCCUCUGGGCAAUUAGAGAAGGGGCAAUGAAUGCUGGCCUAGCUGGUGAUGCUCUCAACCUGUGAAUGAAUAAUAAGAGAAGUCACCUCAGUGCUUUUUUUUGCACCAUCAGAACCAGCUGCUCCCUCAAGUCUAUUCCCUCUAAACCGUCAACUACUUAAUCACUUUGUUAAUGUUCCUUCUUCUCAGGUGCCAGCAUCAGAUCAGCAUAUAAUCCAGGAUCUGGCCAAUCCACGAGUGGAGGCAUCACCCCAGCAUGCAGCUGGGUUUUCUGAACCAGAUCUGCUCCUGCUUCUGUAAAAUAUCCUGUCUCCUCUUUGUCAGUCAAUAUGCACCUGAAACCCUUUCCUGGCCCCUUGGAGCCUCCUCCUCACAUUUCAUAGAGUCACGCAGCACGGGAAGAGACCCUCCGGUCCGACCAAUCCGUGCCAAGCAUAAUCCCAAACUCAACUAGUCCCACCUGCCUGCUUGAGGCCCAUAUCCCUUCAAACCUUUCCUGCUCAUUUACUUAUCCAAGUUAAACAUUGCUAGUGUGCCCACGUCAGCCACUUCCUCAGGAAGUUCAUUCCACACGAGAACCACCCUGUGUGUUUUAAGAAAAUAUCUGGUAUAAAUCUGGAACACUGGUGUAUUUUUAGUGCUCCUCAUUUUUCAUGGCUUCAAAACAGUCACUGAAAGGUACUUUGAACUGAAUUGCUCUCUUAACCAUUUCACGGUCAUCAAUGUUGCAGUGAACCAUGAAUCACACGUUAGAAGUCACAGGUAAAAAUUUCUUUACCUGAAGGGCAUGUGUGGUUCAGGUGGUUUUUCAUGAUAACUGAUGGUAGUUUAAUGGUCACCAUUAAUUUGAUUUGAUUUAUUGCAAUCAUGUGUAUCUAAGUACACGGAAAAGCUUUGUUUUGCGAGCAGCACAAGCAGAUGACAGCAAACAUGGGCAUACAGAUCAGAGGGUGCUUAAGACAGAUCGAGGCACACAGGAGGCGUGCAAAGCAGGAUCAACAUUAAUAAGAUCAACAUUAUUUGACGUUAAAUAGCCCACUCAUUAGUCAAACAAUGACGGGGAAGAAGCUGUUGGUGCAUGUGUUCAGCCUUUUGUAUCUUCUGCCUGAGGGAAGAGUUUGGAGGAGGGCAUUUCUGAGAUUAACUUUCAAUUCCAGAUGUAUCUUCUGCCAGUCCAUGUCGGGAUUUGAAGCCACAUUUUCCAGAAUACUCUCCUGUAUUAAUAGUCGCAGUGGGUUCAGCACGGUAUUACUAUUUCCUUCAGUUUAAAAGUCAGAGCUGCCUUUCCUGCUCGGUCCUCCAGCCCCGCCCCCUCACUGACUGAUUGGAUGGGAGAUACUGCACCCACUUGGUCCUCCAGCCCCGCCCCCUCACUGACUGAUUGGAUGGAGAUGCUGCACCCACUUGGUCCUCCAGCCCCGCCCCCUCACUGACUGAUUGGAUGGAGAUGCUGCACCCACUUGGUCCUCCAGCCCGCCCCUCACUGAUUGGCUGGAGGAGAUGCUCCGCCCCCUCAUUGACUCUGGUUGGCUGGAGGAGAUGCUACACCCACUUGGUCCUCCAGCCCCGCCCCCCUUAUUGGUCAGCAGCCUUCUGUAACUUCUACAACUGAUGAGCUAGAGCAUGGACAGUAGCCCAGUGUCUGGAGUAUGCGAAGUGUCUUAUGGAGAGAGAUAAUGUGGGGAGGUGGGUUUGGAUUGGACUUGUAACUUCCUCCUGGGAACAGAUCGCAAGGGAAUGGCCUGUAACCUGCAGCAGCAGCUCGAGGACGGGUUAUAACAAAAGUUGGGGAUGGGGGGGAGCAACGAGUAAGAGAUUUGUCUUUGGUAGAAAUUCCGUGAAGCUCUGAUAGAGUCACACAGCACAGAAACAAACCCUUCAGUCCAACCAGUCCAUGCCAACAAUGUUCCCAAACUAAACUAGUCCCCCCUGUCGGCGCUUGGCCCAUAUCCCUCCAAACCUUUUCAAUUCAUGAACUUAUCCGGAUGUCUUUUAAAUGUUUUCACUCCACCCACAUCCACCACUUCGUCUGGAAGUUCAUUCCACACGUGGACCACUGUCUCAGUUUAAAAAAAAAUGCCCCUCAUGUCCUUUCCAAAACUUUCUCCUCUCAUUUUAAAAAGUUUUGAACUCCCUCCACCAGAGGGAAAAGACCUUUUGUCAUUCACUUUAUCCACGCAUCUCAUUAUUUUAUAAACCCUGAUAAGGUCACACCUCAACCUCCUAUUGCUCCAGUGGAAAAAGUCCCAGCCUGUCCUUAUAAUACAAACCUGGCAACAUCAUGGUAACUCUAGAUGUUUGAAGCUGCUGCUGCUAAAGGCACGGCAGUUAGGGAAAGUCAAGGAAAUAAGGCAGAGUGGCCAUCAAUCAGGAGUACAGUGAAAAGUGUACAAAUACAAAACCAGAAUUUCUUUUCAAAAAGAGAAUAAAAGAAAAUGAAAAUGUC